ACAUGAAGAGUACACACAUAUGCAUAGUAAAUAUAGCUAAAAAAAUACUCACAUAUUAUUGUAAUAAAAUACACAACAUCUAAUCGAACAGUACAACAGCACCCUUUUGCCUAUCUGAACCGAAAGCGAAGAAUAUGAGUGAUAGCUCCUGCAGUCAGUUUGAAAACAGCGAAGCUUCCGAUGUCAAUAAAGCCAUGGCGGAACCGACUGUAAGUGCCGGAUAUAAACAAGAAGUGUGUGGAACAAGCCAAAUUAGCGCUGGUGAAGGAAUUGGUGGCCAUACAUUUGUCGUAACAACGGUAAUUACAAAAACGGAGCAUCAAAUAUGCGAUUCGAAAGAAAGUGGUACUAAGAUGAAGCAGGGUGAAAUUAACUCCGUUACUCCAGCCCAAGUCUUGGCUUGCAGUAGUUCCACUUCAGAAGCCCCUGUUCGCACGAGUUUAAAAGUAUCGCAAAAUACGGAUAUGUCGAAGGCGAUAGUUCCUAUUUCUUCCUCGCUGCCAUCCAAAUUGCUGCGCUUUCAUGCCAAGCGUUCGACUAAAUCUCUUUUGCAUCAGGUUGUGCAAUCGCAGUCUCUGGACUCGCAGUUCGGCAGCGACGAAGGUGCCGUGGGUGGUAUCGAAUACGAGGCGAACCGCGGCUCUGACGUUUUCGAUACGCCGAUUCCACUAACAUCCGCACCGCCGUCUAGCAGCACGCCCGUUGAGUGUUAUGAGGAUAAGUUAAUUGAUGUUGGCAUGGGUUCCUCAAUCGAGGAUUCAGAAGAGUCCGAAGAAGAUGAUGAAUUGAAGCCACUCGCUGUCGAUAAUCAUGUUUUGCGCGAUGUUGUCUUAAGUCCAUCAACUAUAGAGCGUGAAAGCGGAUCUUUUGAGUCUAAUCCUACUGCACCCGCUGCAGCUGUUCUAAGUGAAGCAAAUUUAGAAAAAUUCCAUAGGCAUCAUAGCCCACAACCGAACCACCAAAGUGACUAUUACCGCCAAAUGGAUAAUAUUUAUCUGCACCCAAACUUUAAAUUAGAGCCUGACACCUUCAAACAGGAUAUUCCAGAAGCAUCACCACCGCCAGCUGUGGCACCAGCUAAUUCACCCACAGAGCCCAAGCGCGUGCACCGUUCUUUUUUGACAAUGAAGAAACCUUCGUUUCCUGAGGCAAGUGAAUGUGAAAAGAGCACUGUCGCUGGUAUUGAAAACACUGCGGUGUCCUCUCCUACAGAACAUAUCGCCAAAACUAACAUGAAAUCCGACCAAUCUAGUAUUAACGAAAUCGAUACGUUAGACCCAGCAUUGAUACCAAGUGAUGAGUUGGCUGCCGAAAUUGCCGAGGCUGUUGAGUUUUACUUCUCAAACGAGAGUAUACUCAAAGAUGCGUUUCUGCUUAAGCAUGUGCGACGCAACAAAGAAGGUUACGUCAGUCUUAAGUUGGUGUCGAGCUUUAAGCGUGUGAGACAAUUAUCCAAGGAGUGGAAAGUUGUUGGCGAUGCUGUGCGACGCAAGUCUAAAAAGAUAGAACUCAACGAUGUGGGCACAAAAGUACGUCGCAUCGAUCCAUUACCUAAUUUCGAUGAAACAAUGCCUUCGCGUACCGUUGUCGCCUGCGACUUGCCACUCGAUAAGCUUACCAUCGAGAAAGUCUCAGAAAUGUUCUCCAAAUGCGGCGAGAUCGCAUUGAUACGUAUACUUAAACCAGGCAUGGCAAUCCCAGUGGAUGUUAGGCAAUUCAUGAACAAAUAUCCUGAGGUUCAACAUAAGGAGUGCGCCCUUGUCGAGUACUUAGAAUCUUCGUCUGCUCGUGAAGCCAAAAACCUGGAGGGUCCAUUUCAGGUGUUCGAAAUGGUGGCUCCCAAGAAAAAGACUGGUAAGAAAGCCAUCAUACAGGUAGCCACACCAGUUGCGCGAAUGGUUGAAAAUUACCGUUACUACAAUGACGCCACCUACGAGCGUACACGAGGAGGAAGUUUCAGUGGAGUGAUUUCACAUGACGUACCAGAUUUACGUUAUAAACUAAAACGUUUCAAUUCAGACAUUCAUCCUAAGCCACUGCCUGAGCUUCAUCAUAACAACUAUAGCGGACAACCGCACUAUUACCAUCAGCAGCCAAGUAUGCACGCCACACAGCAUCGUGGCAGCUUCGCCAGUGAGAACUCGCAUCAAUUCCAACCAUAUCAGCCUCGUGCGCCUAUCAAUAGCGAUCACGCGUCCCCUGGUGGCAUUUCUAUGACCAAUAACAAUGCUGGUAGUGGUUACUUUUAUGCCUAUUCACCUCGUCGCUAUAGCAACAAUUCUACCAUCUCUGCCAGUUCAGCUGCUGUCAUUGAUGCGCCUGUGAAUGCAUCACAAAUGAGCGGCAAUAAUGCCAACAAAACCAGUGCCAACGGUUCUAACAGUAACUUAGUUAGACGUUUGUCAAACUGUUCGGACAAUUACUCUAGUUUUUCUGACUCACGUCGACCAUCGAACUGUUCGGAGAGCAUGUCGCAAAGACGCGACUCGAACUGCUCCGAUAACUGUCCGUGCUCUAGGCGUAUUUCUGAUUUUGGACAAACCGAAGUUUACCGCAAGAUAUCUCAAAGUUCUACUGGCAGUGGCGGUGAACGUCGUUUCUCCAACGGUUCUAUGCAAUUCGAGCGUACCUUCUCUAAUGCCAGCGAUCUGAACACCAACGGAAGCAAUAACUUUCCAAGGCGUAUGUCUAACGACUAUAAUUUUGAGCAGCGCAAACAAUCAGUGGAUACACAAACCGAAACGCCAUACGAUGACCCCAAUGUUGGAGGUGGUGGGGGUGGCUAUAACGUCUUUCCUCGACGGUACUCAAAUAACUUCAACGUUGCUAAUAAACUGGCUGCAUAUGACAACGCGCAGUAUAUUAAUGGUCGGCGUAUUUCCACCGAUUCCGGUUAUGAUCGUCGUUAUUCAUUUGGCUCCGAAUAUGACGGUUCGCCACGUUCGCGCACCGGUAGCUUCCUAAAUAACUACAAACACGGUGUUGACUUUGAUGGACAACCACGCUCGCGAACAGGAAGUUUUCUCGAUAACUCACCCCGAUCCCGAUCGGGAUCAUUCGCACAAAGGAACUCGGAGAAUUUAGUACGCACGCCGAUAGGACCUGAUGGUAGCAAGGGUUUCGCUGGACGUGCCAGAAAGUUCGGCCAAACCAUCUCACCAGUUAAUUAAGUGCCAAGAAAAUUUAGCCAAUACUAUAUCUUAAAAAUGUGCCUUAAUAUGCAUAAGUACAUGCGUACAUACAUACAUAUUUAUUUAGGGAAUCAUGCGUACAAACAAAUUUUUGGGCCGUUUUCUCAAGUAGGUUUUAAAAUUUAUUUGCCCUUUAAACAUAAAUUUUCUUCUGAAAAAACGUGUUUGAGGCGCAGAUAAAUUUUCAAACAAGGCGAAUUAA